CACGCCGUCGCUCCGUCACCCGCCGCCGGACCCACAGUCCACCACCUGCACCGAGUCACGGUAUCGGAACGCCACCCGCCUCCCCCAACCCACACACACACACACACACACACACACACAUUCUCACACCAGACUCACUCACACCGUCCCCUCCCUUCUCCCGUGGCCAGUGUUGCGCUCCUGCUGCAGCGUCCAAGUUCAGGUGAGCGCUGGUGGCCGGCACAACAAGUCCCGACGCACGGACCAGGGAUGCUCGCUGCCUCCCUCCCGUCGGAUGGGAUGCUCUAGAUGGGCCGCGCAGGAUGUGAAGCCCCGCUACAAGAAGCAGGAGGAGGAUGGUCACACCAGUCUCGUCCGCGGCGGUGCUGCUGCUCCUGCUGGGCUUCCUCUCCGCGUCCUCCGUCAAUGCCGACCCCCUGCUCUCAGCUCCGCUCAAUGUGACCAUCAGAGAGCUUGAGGUCAAUUCAGCUGUGGUCACGUGGGAAAUCUUGGAGGGAGACCCCGUUAUUGGAUUCGCCAUCACCCAGCAGAAGAAGGACGUUCGCAUGCUGAGGUUCAUCCAGGAGGUGAACACCACCACCCGCUCCUGCGCACUGUGGGAUCUGGACGAGGACACCGAGUACAUCGUCCACGUCCAGAGCAUCAGCAUGGGAGGCAGCAGCCCCCCCAGUCAGCCUGUUCUCUUCAGGACGCCGAAAGAGUCGGAGAAGCUGGCGUCCAAGAGUCCAGACGAGGUGACAAUGGAGGAGUUUGGUCACGCUGCCCAACUGAGGGCCGGUGAACUCAUCAUCAUUGUGGUGGUGCUCAUCAUGUGGGCAGGUGUGAUUGUCCUGUUUUGUCGUCAGUAUGACAUCAUUAAAGACAAUGAGCCCAACAACAACAAGGACAAAGCCAAGAACUCCUCCGAGUGCAGUACUCCCGAGCACCCACAAGGGGGGCUACUGCGCAGCAACGUCUAAGACCAGCCCCGCAUCGCCUUGCAAUAACCAACUCCUUGUAUCUCAGGACAGACCCUGAGACCCACAGAAAGCCAUUGUCCGACACCAUCCUACUGAAGAAAAGAUGAACCAUCACAGGAGCUACACACAAUGAAGAACUCUUGAAAUACAAAAGACACAAACGUGAGCUUGAAGAAUCACAGGCUACAAAAAGUCCAACAGGAAACAGAGGAGGACAAAUCCCCUUUCACCUUUGUUGUGCCCAAAACUGAACUGUAGCCUCCUUUUUGUGGGCAGCCGAUAUGACAAAUCACGAAAAUGGCUUUCAAGUCAAGGCACCAGUGGGGACUUGAGUUUCUUCUUGACGAGAACUGCUUGAGUCAUACAUUCUUGUUACUCUUCAUCGGUGGCAUACAGUAAAAUCCCAGGAGUGGAUCAUCAAACAUGAAUGUCUGUUGUUUGUAUAUUCAACUGAAGGUCAGAGACGGCAGAGAUCUAGUCCGUCUCACAGGAACCGCUGGUCCUUUAGGCCCAGGUAUUAGUCAGCACACAACAAAACAAGCAACAAACACACAAGGACUUUCUCUUUUCUACCUGUCCACCCCGGUCAUAACCUCAUAUUUUUUCCUCUCUCUCCUCUUCUUUCUGUGUCUGUGUUUCUCUGAUAAGCACACCACCAUUGGUGCUCCUCCUACUGUGAUUGUUUGAGCCCUCACAAUCCCAGUCUUGAUUAUGGUAUCAUUUUGACACUGUACACCGAGUCUUACUCUCUGUCAUCAGUUAAAUUAUGUGUGUAUUUGUUCUGUCUGGAAUUGGAACCUUAAAGCCCUGUCGGUGCAAAGAUACAACACCAUAUAUUUAUUUUACUUUCAAAGCAUCCCAUAUCUUGUUUGUUUGAGUUGAGUGACGUCUGAAUACAGACAAAGUUGAAGGAUUUGCCAGGAUUGGUCAUCAAAGUAGUUUCUUAUUCCAAAUCAAAAAUGUUAAAUACACUAGAACUUUGAAAGUUAUCAGAAAGAAUUACCCAGGUUCAUAUUAAGGGGUUAUUGUUGAGUGCUGCAUAUUCAGCACCAUAUGCUGUGUAUGGUCUGCAAAGCAUCAUUCCUUAAUGAAAAGAACAUACAGGGCAAAGUUUGGCUGGGUUUCCACUGUGGUUUGGCUGGAGACCAGCAAGGAUGCCAGGCUGCGGAGGCACACAGCUGUUCCAUUUGGCUGUGUUGCCGAUAGAGAUCAGACUGCCAUACAACUGCAAGUUCCAGUACAUGUUAGAUGAACAUGUAUGUCAAUCAGUUGGUUAAAGGAAUGUCGUGUUGACCUGGCACAGUGAAAAGUCAGCCCAUGCACCACUAUGAUUUGAAAAAUGUUCCAGCCUCUAUAGUGGUUUGGCAGUCUGAUAGUUUAAUAUCCUUAGAAAUAUACUCAUCACUCUUCUCGGUUGCUCCUCCAUCACCCCCCUACGAUAACUCUCCCUACCCCCACUUAAUGUGAAAUAGCUGCUUCUUUGAGCAAAAGCAGAAUGGUCAGGCCUACGUACAUUGAAAAGAAAUUGGGAUCCAAGCAAACUAUCAGCAGGACUCAUAUAUAGGCACACAUAUAUAGUAGAGUACAAGGAUGAUGAAUGUUCUAAUAAUAGCUCAUUGUGUGUUUUAUUAUUUGGCUGGCAUUAAUCCCUAUGUAGUGCUGCUUUUCCUUUUCGUGUUACAUUCAUUCCAAACUACAAUGAAUGUAGUACAAAGGAAAAAUGGGCUCAGGAUGAGUGCCGCAGACUGGGUGAGGACGUCGGUAAGUUUUGAGAGACAGAUUACCACAUUGCAGAGUUUGGUGUUUUCAUAGGUUGACAAAAAGAAAAUGUUGGAAUUAUGGCAGCAUAAUCCAAACAAUAAACUUAUGAAUGGAUACAAUCAUUAUGAUUUGCAGCCAUAGGUCUUAAGCUCAAACGGACAUCCCGGCAUUACAAUAUAAAUCAUAGCGUCCCCAGCUGAAUAACCUCAGUUACCACUUCAUCAAGGGUUUUAUGUGAGAGAGUAGAGGACUUUAUCACUGUAGUCCAGUUAAAGCUUUGUUAUCUUCUUUAGGGCUUCCUGUUCAAUUAUGCUGCGUUACCCACAUUGUUACAGAGAUAUUGGACGCCAGCCGCUGGAUAGCGUUGCUCACCAUUUGGGUUCACGAGAGAGUCUGACAGAAAAACACUGCAGAGCUGAGCUCAGCAGAGUUGCAGCCAUGUUAGAGAUAAUUAGUGAAUGUCUGAAUACCUCGCAGUUUGAGAUGACUGCUAAUCAGCUCCACAUACUCGCUUGCACUUUCUGGAUUUAAAAGCUGCCUGGUGUAUUGAAAUGCCCCCCUGUGCUGAGAGAGACAGCCAUGACUUUCCUCAGCUCAAUCUUCAGUUCUGCAAGAACAGCGAUCCCUCACCCUCACCCUGCCAUCCAUUUUUCACCCUCUCCUUAUCAGCCUCCCUCUUUCCUCACUCUAUCUCCAGCCACCUUCAUCCGCCUUCACUCUCCCAUUUAUGACUUUUCCCUUCACUUUCCAUCUCACUGUCGCAAUGCUGUCUUUCUCAUAUAUCAUGGCACCCUUGCUCGUUUCCCCUGUCACCGGUCUCAUCCUCUCUUCUCCUCCCUCUCCCCGGUUUCUCAUUAUAUCCACUCUUACUCACUAACCAGCUCUCCUCUCUCGUUCUUCUGCUCCGACCAUAGACCGCUGCCUAUCGCUCGCACCUCUGCUCAUUUAUCACCUUUUUGUCUCGGACUGGCCAGGACGGACCUGGUAAACAAGUGGGAGUGAAAUAGAAGGAUGGAGGGAGUGAAUGGAAGAAUAAAUAAAAGAGGAGAAGUCAAAGGAAAGUGAGUGGAAGAAAAGCACUAUUUACACUUAUAACAAGCACAGAUUGUAUCAAGUGUAUUAAGAGCAAUACUUAGCAGUUAGUUUAGUGGAUGGCUUCUUUUUUUUUUUUUUUUUACCUAUUCCAAUAUGUAGAGUGACUGUAUUCUUUAAUGUAAGUUGCAAAUGUUAGCAUGUUCAGCUCAACAGGUUGUGUUUUAAGUAGAGCAUGUACUGUAUAUUCUAGUAUUAAGUGGAAGCUGGUCCUGGAUCCUAUUCAGCUAAUGCUCGAGGUUCUGUCCUGAUCUUAAUUAGAUUUAACUGGUAAUGUAACUAAUGUUACCUGAGCUAGCGCUAUAUUUGCGAAAACAAGACAGUUAUAACUCAUCCUAAAACCGCAAAAUUGUGAAGCAAAUGUGGUUUUAGCCACAGGCUGCAUGAUGUUUCUGCAGUCAAGCUCUAAGUUGGCACAGUUGGGCUCGCCAGGUUCUGCAGGUGGCUGCAGGUACAGCUGGUUCUUUUCGAGUGCAGCACUGACAAUUUCCAUUCAAGAAUUUCAGCGUGUAAAAGCAGGCCAUUCACUUUUACUUCCUGCGUCCCCUUUGUCGUCUAAACACAGAUCCUCGAGGAAUUCCAUCCAGGAAGGAGGCCCCGUUCAAAGUAAAGCACAUCGGGGCACAGGGCUGUCAAAGACGGUGCUUCUGUGACGUGAACUCAUGGAACCAUGCGAGAUUCAUUUGCCGAGUUUCUGGUUAAUGUUAUCAAUUCACAAGAUAUGUGCAGAGUGGAUGCAGCAGCUCAGGGCUCGUGCACGUGAGCCUGCAGACCCAUUCUUAUGCCAGACACAUUUGACCCAUAUUUCCUGACUGGUAGUGAGAGUCUCAUCAGGACAUCUUUAAAGUGCUGGAAAAGUGUGUCUGCUGUUGUUUUGGAUGACUCAUAAAUUCCAAGAGAAAGCUCCUCUGACUCCAGAUUUAGAGUCACAACAUUAAAGCAGACGGACACCUGCUUAUUGAUCGGGAUGUCGGCUGCAUCGUCCAUAAUUACUGAGAAAAACUUUAUUUCUUCACUCUGCGUUCUCAAACACGUCAUGGACCAUCAUUUUAGUCACCUUGCUUAAGAUAUCAUGAGAUAGCCACUUGCACUCCUUGCAAGCCAGCCAUGAGUGGAACACUGGGAUAUCUUGAGCAAGCAAAUUUAGCAACUGGGUCAAGUUGGACUCCUCUUAAGUUUUUCCUCUAAUGGAGAAUCUCUGAUCCGAAACAUAUUGGAUGGAGGAUAGAAUAGACAACAAAGCUUGCCUUGCCUUGCAUCAGCCAUCUGUUUUUGCUUCCAGGCAGGAAUAGAAGCAGCCACGUCAACACCCGCGUUAGCAGUAGCAACGGUGCUAACAGCAGCUCCAUGCAGGUUUGACUUUGCAGAGUCUGAAUCGUUCCAGUGCUUUAGCCCAAAUGGAAAAAACAUCUCUAACAAAGGUUUCAAAGACUUUUAAGAAACUCAUGCCAAAAAGUUUAGCUUUAUUUUGGUUGACAUAGCAACAGCUUUCUUUUUAAGCUAAAAGAACAGCCCCAAAACAUUUUCACACUAAACCCUAGCUUGACAUGUGUAACAAGGGGAUAGGGCUUUGUUAUCGGUCCAUUAAAAAUCUUUUAAAAGUGGUUAACUAAAUAGCAGUAGCAAAAUUACAUGAUGAAAAAGUUCUAUAAGCGUAACAUAUGUUUGUGCCCCGUCGUCCUGUGAUGUAACCUGUUUACUGUACUGCAGUGGUGUACAACUAUAGGGACUCAUGACAUCACUGAUGGUGACGUCAUGGUCAAACAUCAAACGCUUUUUCAAGGUUCCACCAAAGGCAGCAGUAAAGCUAAUUAGAUUAAUCCACGCACCAGUCUCUCAAACUGUAUGAACGGGUGUAAAACAUGUGACUUGAAAGAAGAGCGAUUAGAAGAAAAGCCUGUGUAGGAUGAAUAAAUGACUCCAGUGUUGUGGUUGGCCAUUAACUUAACGCAGAGAAGUGCUUCCCACACAAACAAAGAGAGAGAGACUAAAAGAGAAGACUUGUGAUUAUAUGAAGUUUAUGAUGCUACUUGUGAUUGAUCGACACAAACUGUUCUGUUCUAAGUUUCUCAAUAAACCGGAUGCACAGGGAUAAAAAUCAGCGGGACGUAAAUCUGAUGUAGUGGGUGAUAAAGUACAAAUGUGCUUUAAAGCUAUAAUAGCACUGAACCUCAAGUGGUAUUACUUUCCACUGGUCUAAUCCAAGUGCACAUACACACUCACUUAAAACACUGGCUCACACACAGAGCCCAUUCUCCGGCUGGCUGGGGACCAAACUGUCACACUGAGGGAAGCAGCAGAAGGCGGGUCUGGCUCCGACAGCUCGGUCUCCGUCUAUCUGAGGCUGCAGGAGGCGACUCAACAGCUGCUCGCGGUGAACAUCCAAUGAGCCGUGUGAGAGUAUGGAGACUGAGACGGACAGACAAUCCUAAAGACGG